AUGGAGAAGGCCACGGCACCCACCGCCAAGAACCGCGAACCUGGCGGAGCCGCCGGAGGCAUUCCACGGAAGCGUGGUCAGAGUGACAACUGCUACGGCCAUAUCAUAAGCGGUCUCCCCGACGCCAUCCUGGGCACCAUCAUCUCCCUCCUCCCCACCAAGGAGGGCGGCCGCACGCAGGCCAUCUCUCGCCGGUGGCGCCACCUCUGGCGCUCCGCCCCCCUGAACCUCGAGGUAUCCCCCAGCCUCUGUGCCAACCUCAGUGAGCUCGCCUCCUUCCUCUCCAAAAUCCUCUCCGAGCACCCCGGCCCCGCACGCCGCUUCCGCUGCCCCUCCAUCCACCUGGGCGACAGCUACGCACAGGUCGACGGCUGGCUCCGCUCCCAAGCCCUCACCAACCUCCAGGAGCUCGACAUCAGUUUCGUUCGCCCGUCGCCGCGGCCCGAGACGGAUCACGCGCUGGCGUCGUCUCUGUACCGCCUGGCAUCCACCCUCGUCGUGGCCAAAAUCGGCGGCUGCAAUUUCUCCAAAGAGAUCGUGCCACUGUCGAAUUUCCCCUACCUGAAGGACCUCACACUACACUACGUUUCCUUGUCGAAGGAGUUCCUACAUGGCAUGCUCUCUAGCUGCAAGGCCUUGGAGAACCUGCUGCUCUGGAACAUCUUUGUUGUCGGCCACCUCCGCAUUAGCUCACCGACUCUUCGGCGCAUUGGCUUCUCCGUUUGUGCUGGUCACAAAGAGCUUGUCAUUGAGGAUGUGCCUCGCCUUGAAAGGUUGCUGCUACCUUCUCGAGGCAGAGGCGGUGGGACCAUUCAGUUAAUCCGGGCACCUAAACUGGAGAUGUUAGGCCCUUUGUCAGCUGGUGUUGCAGUAUUCCAGGGAACGAUGCCAAUCAGCUUGACAAACUUGAUACACACUGGGAAGGCUUUAGCUCUCACUUCUGGCCCUCAACUGAAUGUUGUUCUUGACAUCCUCAAGUGCUUCCCCUGCUUGGAAAGGCUCCACGUUGUUCUGCAGAAAAAUUCAAAGAUGGAUGUGAAAGACGUGUCUCUGUAUGGUCCACUAGAUUCAGUCGAAUGUCUUGGGACCCAUCUCAAAGAAAUGGUGAUACUGAAUUACGAAGGCUGUGAGCAAGAUGUUGGCUUUGCCAAGUUCUUUGUUUUGAAUGCAGUGGUCCUAAAGAAAAUCAAAUUUGGAGUCCCUAAGGACAACAACGGUGACUGGGUGGCUAUUCAACUGGAUUUGCUGCAAGUGGAGAAUAGGGCUUCUCAAGACGCUCAAUUUGAUUUCAAAUGUGGUUUGGAUGAUGUCAUUAACUACCCGUGUAUCCAUGACUUGUCAUUGACCGAUCCUUUCGACUGCUUGUUUUCUGAAUGA